AUGGGUAAAGAGGAAACAAGAGGAAGAAGAAGCAAAGAGGUUGAUUUGGUGCUGAUGGGUGGGAAUUUGAAGAUGCAGAGCCACCACUCUGUGGCUGUGAGGUUGAAUGAGCAAACGGGGACUAAAAAGGGUUACACUUUUGUUCAAGCCUACAGGGCUUGGUUCCCAAAACUUUUUAUACUUUGGAUCAUUGUGAUGUUUUUCUUGAGCAUGUCAAUCUACAAUUACAUGGAUGCUGAUAACAAAGUGAGAAGGGUAGAAGUUCUUGGUAGUAUGUGUGAUCAGAGGGCAAGAAUGUUGCAAGAUCAAUUCAGUGUUAGCGUUAAUCAUGUUCACGCCCUUGCAAUCCUUGUUUCCACAUUCCAUUACUACAAAAACCCAUCAGCAAUUGAUCAGGAAACUUUUGCUGAAUACACUGCCAGAACCGCCUUUGAGAGGCCUCUUCUAAGUGGGGUGGCCUAUGCACAAAGAGUGCUUGAUUCGGAUAGGGAAAAUUUCGAGAGGCAACAUGGCUGGACGAUAAAGACAAUGGAGAGGGAGCCCUCCCCUGUCCGAGAUGAGUAUGCACCUGUAAUUUUCUCGCAGGAAACGGUCUCUUACAUUGAAUCACUUGACAUGAUGUCUGGGGAGGAGGACAGAGAAAACAUUUUGAGAGCUAGGGCUACUGGAAAAGCUGUUCUAACCAGUCCUUUCAGGCUGCUGGGUUCUCAUCAUCUUGGUGUUGUGUUGACUUUCCCUGUUUACAAAUCCAAGCUCCCUCCAAACCCAACUGUGGAGGAGCGCAUAGCAGCUGCAGCUGGGUACCUUGGUGGAGCCUUUGAUGUUGAGUCCCUAGUGGAGAAUUUGCUUGGGCAACUUGCUGGGAAUCAGGCCAUUUUGGUUUAUGUAUAUGAUGUCACAAACACUUCUGAUCCCCUAAUCAUGUAUGGUCACCAAUAUCAAGAUGGUGACACAUCUCUUAUGCAUGAAAGCAAGCUUGACUUUGGAGAUCCUUUCCGAAAACAUCAGAUGAUAUGUAGGUAUCAUCAGAAGGCACCCACAUCAUGGACGGCGCUUAACACUGCAUUCUUAUUCUUUGUGAUUGGUUUUUUAGUUGGCUAUAUCUUAUAUGGAGCAGCAAUGCACAUUGUUAAAGUUGAGGAUGAUUUCCAUGAAAUGGAGGAAUUAAAAGUUCGAGCAGAAGCUGCUGAUGUUGCCAAGUCCCAGUUUCUUGCUACUGUUUCUCAUGAAAUUAGAACACCCAUGAAUGGAAUCCUUGGAAUGCUUGCGUUGCUUUUAGAUACAUCUUUAAAUUCAACCCAGAGGGACUAUGCUCGAACUGCUCAAGCUUGUGGAAAGGCACUGAUAACAUUAAUUAAUGAGGUCCUUGACCGGGCAAAGAUUGAUGCUGGCAAGUUAGAGUUGGAAGAAGUUCCAUUUGGCAUUCGAUCGAUACUAGAUGAUGUACUGUCUUUAUUUUCUGAAAAUUCUAGAAAUAAGGGUAUAGAGCUGGCAGUGUUUGUUUCCGAUAAAGUUCCAGAUAUAUUUAUGGGGGAUCCAGGGAGAUUCAGACAGAUAAUUACAAAUCUUGUAGGCAACUCUAUUAAAUUCACUGAACGAGGACAUAUUUUUGUCAAAGUCCAUCUAGCUGAGUCCUCAAAGGUCGUGAUAAAUAGAAAAUCAGAGACUUACUUGAAUGGAGGAUCAGAUGAAGGUGUACUGACAUCUGACGGGCGUCAGUUUAAAACCUUAAGUGGAUGUGAAGCAGCUGAUGACCGGAAUAGUUGGGAUAUGUUUCAGCAUCUGCUUGCUGAUGAAGAAUACAGAACUGAUGUUUCAAGUAAUCUGACUGCCACUAAUGAAGCUUCGGAGCAUGUCACUUUGAUGGUAUCUGUGGAGGAUACGGGAAUCGGUAUACCAUUAUGUGCCCAGGAACGUGUUUUUAUGCCCUUCAUGCAGGCAGACAGUUCAACCUCUAGAAAUUAUGGGGGAACUGGUAUUGGCUUGAGCAUCAGUAAGUGUCUGGUUGAACUGAUGGGUGGUCAGAUAAACUUCAUAAGUCGACCUAAAGUUGGGAGCACAUUUUCUUUCACAGCUAAUUUUCGGAGGUGCAAAAAAAAUGCAUUGAGUGACUUGAAAAAACCUAAUUCUGAGGAUCUACCUUCUGGUUUUAGAGGAUUGAGAGCAAUAGUAGUUGAUGAAAAACUUGUGAGAGCUGCUGUGACAAGAUACCACUUAAACAGACUUGGAAUCGUGGUAGAAGUUACGAGUAGCAUCACGAUGGCUGUUGCUUUAUGUGGAAGAAAUGGUUCUGCGACAUCCGGAAAUAUCAUCCAGCCAGACAUAAUUCUAGUUGAGAAGGAUUCAUGGGUUUCGGGUGAAGGCGAUCUUAAUAUACAGAAAUUGGACUGGAAACAGAACGCGAACGGGCAUAUAUUUAAGUUUCCUAAGAUGAUCCUUCUUGCAACCAAUAUUGGUGAUGCUGAAUUGGAUAAGGCAAGGGCAGCAGGUUUUGCAGAUACUGUGAUUAUGAAACCUUUGAGGGCUAGUAUGGUGGCUGCAUGUCUUCAACAGGUGCUGGGCAUAGGAAAGAAGAGGCAACAGGGGAGGGAAGUGCCCAAUGGAUGCAAUUUCCUUCAAAGCCUGCUUUGUGGAAAGAAAAUUUUGGUUGUUGAUGACAAUAGGGUAAACAGGAGAGUUGCUGAAGGUGCACUAAAGAAGUUUGGAGCUCAUGUAGAGUGUGUUGAGAGUGGCAAAGCUGCAUUGGCAUUGCUUCAACUACCACACAAUUUUGAUGCUUGCUUCAUGGAUAUUCAAAUGCCGGAAAUGGAUGGGUUUGAGGCAACCCGUCGAAUCCGGCAGAUGGAGAGCAAGGCAAAUGUGGAGAUGAAUGGAGGAUUUGAAGGCCUUGCAAGAAAGGGUGAUUGGCAUGUGCCAAUAUUAGCUAUGACAGCUGAUGUUAUUCAUGCCACCUAUGACGAGUGCCUAAAGUGUGGCAUGGAUGGAUACGUCUCAAAGCCCUUUGAGGAAGAGAACCUCUAUCAAGCCGUUGCCAAGUUCUUCAAAUCUAAAACAGGCUCAGAUUCAUAA